AGUCCAAGUCUGCUUACCAUGCCGGCCAUGCGAUUCGCGUUGGUGCUGCUGGUCAUUUCGAUGACCAGUGCUUGUCCGCACACCACUGCGGGCCUUAAAAAAUGGUCUGAGUCCUCUACUUGGGAAGAUGGAGUCCCGGAUGAGGGUGAAGAUGUCACAAUCACUACUCCUAUUCUACUGGACGAAAGUCCCGGGGUGGACCUAAACAGUAUAACAAUAUCAACUGGUGGUCAGUUAGUGUUUGCUCCGGACAGUGACCUUGUUCUCCGGACAUACUACAUCCAUAUUGAUGGCGGACGAAUGGACAUCGGAUCGGAGACCUGUCGAUACACUGGGGACGCUAAGAUCCAACUUCUCGGAAACUCGAACGAGACCUAUACAGUCCCAGGAUUCGGGAGAAAGUUUAUUGGAGUGGACGUCGAUGGAACUCUAGAGAUACACGGGGAGGAUAAAUUAUCGUGGACAAAGAUAACUGAUACAGUGGAGAAACUAUCAGGGGACGCCUUCACCUCUCAUGAUGUGAUCAACAAGGAAGAUCAACUAAAAGGCCUGAUUGUAAAGUCUUACGACCCGGCUACAGGGACGGAGGACCGGGAACAGGGAGUAUUCCGUAUCGGCACAUCCUCCGAAAAGAGCUUGGAAAAAGCAACUGAUGCCUUCAUCGCUUACAUAGACGCUAUCCCGGACGGCAAUGUAGUGGCCAUUGCGGUCCGCAAGUUUAUCAUUGACAGAGAAAAUUCUCUGAACAGAACACGGUUCUUUGACGCCCUGGAGACGCUUGGUUACGGAGACGUUACUGGGCAGAGUGAGAUCAGAAACUUGGUUUUCUAUGACGGAUUCGCCAUGGUGUUAACGAAAGGUGACCCCUCGAAGACUGUUGAGGGAUUCGAACCAUACAAAGUUGGAGGACUUCACCAGACGUCUACAGCCUCAUAUCUAUCGGAGGAUACUGGCCUUAAAUACUUUGUAUUCAGUUACACUAAGUCCCGUGGGUUCGGAAAAUCAUUCGUCGAGUUUCAAGUUACCAAAAUGACAAAAUCCUGUCCUAUCAUCAACGUCAUUGAUGACGUCACUUCCUGGAAAACGGGGGAUCGCGUCAUCAUCACCUCGACUGACUACGACUGGGAACAGGUGGAAGCCGGCAGAGUGAUGGACUGUGAUAAUUGUCUUAGUAGCCAGGUCAGGGUCGACCUUUCUCCGAAAUUUACCCAUUAUGGAAAAAUCUUCAAAAAUGUGGACAUGCGUGCCGAGAUUGCUGUUCUGACCAGAAAUGUGGUGAUUGAAGGUGUAAUGGUUGAUUUUGCAGACGAAUUUGGAGGUCAUAUCAAGGCUCUCAAGGGAUUUAAAGACUUCCACAUUGAGGGCGCCGAACUCGUCCAUAUGGGCCAGUCUACAUCAAAGGGUAACUACCCGAUACACUGGCACAUGUGUGAGGAUGUGCGGGACCCGGCUGUUUACCCCUCCCCCACAUACGCCCGCGGGAACUCCAUCCACCAAACAUACGCAAGAUGCGUCACUGUUCACGGCACGCAUGGAGCUAAGGUAAUGGAUAACGUCUGCUUCGACAGUAUUGGUCACGGUUUUUUCCUGGAAGAUGGUGGAGAAAAAUGGACGACAAUAUCGGGGAACCUUGGUGCUGGCCAGCUCUUUGGCGAUCUUAUACAGACCGACAAUAUGAAACCAUCAACAUUUUGGAUCACAAACCCCCUAACCGUGUUGGAGAAUAAUGUUGCGGCCGGCGGACAGGGUAUCGGUAUAUGGUACGUUUUCUCACUGAAGAACCUAUGGGACCAUCAAAGGGUAAAGGGUUCAUGCAGUACGGAGAAGCCCAACAAACCGCAAUCACCAAAUUUAGUAACAAUGUGGCACAUUCCAACAGAUUGGACGGUCUGAGGUUUGACGAUAGACUGGAUGAGAAUGGCACCCUUUUGCGUGGUAAUAUGUACAACCCAUUGGUAACUCCAUUAGACAUCGAUUCUGAUGUCGCACUCGUGGAGUUCAACAGAA